ACAAGCCUACGACGCCGACCGCGCAACCAUGUGCGUCGUCAAGCGCACGCGCCUCUCGCGCGCGACGCACGCCGCCAUCAGCAGCGAAGUGCGCGCAUACGACGUCCUCGGCACCAAGACGACCUCCGACCACGUUGUGCGCUGCUACGGCAGCCACGUCGAUCGCAAGCGGACGCACCACUACCUCCUCCUCGAACACUGCGCCCAAGGUGAUCUGUACAACCACCUGCAUGCGCUGCCAAUGCACAAGUGCACACCCGAGCUCGCGCAGCAGUAUUUCGUGCAGAUCGCGCGUGGUCUCGCGGCCAUUCACGACUGCGGCCUCGCCCACCGCGAUCUCUCGCUCGAAAACAUCUUUGUCGACUCGAACGGCACGCUCAAGAUUGGCGACUUUGGCCUCGCAACGCCGCUCGAGUCACUGGCAACACAUGCGGUCGGAAAGAGCUACUACAUGGCGCCCGAGAUGCACACCAGCGGCGACUACAGCACGGCGACCGUCGACGUCUGGUCGCUUGGCAUCGCGUAA